CAGCACAGUUUGACUGCCUUUGGCUUUACCCAACUGUUGUAUAAACAUGAAAAAUAAGUUCAAUACAAAUUUCCCCGCCUGUAUUCGCUGUUAAAAUGUACACAAAGUUUUUCUUUGUGGGUUUGUGUCAUGUGGUCACUUUGACAAACCUCAAUGGCACUGAGUGCAGCAGACGGAGGGUCAAGAAAGAUGCUUCUGUUUUAUCAGGCGGUCUUUCCUAAUCCACACGAGCAUUACGUGACAGAGUUAUAACAUCUCUAUGACUCUAAUGGGCCGGUACAAUAGUUUGAUUUUGAAAAGUGAAGUGUGUGGCGCUGCAUGGCAGAGAGCGCAAAACUCAGCAUCCUCUCAAGUUAAGCUUUCAUUUGUGCGCAGCCGCUAGAACGAUAAAGAUGAUUGAGUUAGUUUGCUUGUUUUUUUCAAAGUUGCAUGUUCGUUUCCAUUAGGAUCAGCGUUAACCCUUGUAAAACAGCACUGUAGCGCGCACUGGAUACAGACUUUGCUUGGUGAUGAUAUACAUUCUUUAAGUUUAAAAAGAAAGUUGAUAGGACAUCAGAGUCACUCGUCACGCCAUCACUUCGACACAACACACAUGGAUCACAGCACACAAUCACAUGCGUUCGACACUGAAAUGAACAUGACUUUCAACAGCAGCGUAAAGCCUGGAGACCUGAACUCCACGAGCAUCGCCCAAAUCAUGAUCCCGCAGGAGUUGUUUCUCGUGCUCGGCUUGAUCAGUUUGGUGGAAAACAUUUUGGUGGUGGUGGCAAUCAUCAAGAACAGAAAUCUCCAUUCGCCCAUGUAUUAUUUUAUCUGCUGUCUGGCAGUGUCGGAUAUGCUGGUGAGCGUCAGUAACGUGGUGGAGACGCUCUUCAUGUUAUUAACGGAGCAAGGGCUGCUGCUCGUCACGGCGAAAAUGUUACAGCACCUGGACAAUGUGAUCGACAUCAUGAUCUGCAGUUCGGUUGUGUCCUCGCUUUCUUUCCUGUGCACCAUUGCUGCGGACCGCUACAUCACCAUCUUUUACGCGCUGCGCUAUCACAGCAUCAUGACCACGCAGCGCGCCGUGGCCAUCAUCGCCGUGGUUUGGCUCACGAGCAUAACCUCCAGCUCGUUCUUCAUCGUUUAUCACACCGACAACGCGGUGAUCGCCUGUCUUGUCACGUUUUUUGGCGUGACGUUGGUGUUCACGGCAGUUCUGUAUCUGCACAUGUUCAUCCUUGCGCACGUCCACUCCAGACGCAUCAUGGCUCUUCAUAAAAGCCGCCGACAGGCCACCAGCAUGAAGGGAGCUAUCACACUGACCAUCUUGCUCGGGGUAUUUAUCAUCUGUUGGGGGCCUUUCUUCCUUCACCUCAUUCUCAUCCUCAUCUGUCCCACAAACCCUUACUGCAAGUGUUACUUCAGCCACUUCAACCUCUUUCUCAUCCUCAUCAUAUGUAACUCCCUUAUUGACCCGCUCAUAUACGCGUACCGCAGCCAGGAGUUGCGCAAGACACUAAAGGAAAUCGUGCUCUGCUCGUGGUGCUUUGUGAUGUGACAAACUAUCAACACGGGGCUCACGAGAAAAGGUACUGGGUAUACCAGUGACCUUUAACCGUAAGAAACAAGCAUUUCCUUAUGGAAAUCAUGGUUGAUAAAGAAGGACAGUGGAAAAGGUAAAGAUCAAUUACUGUACAAUCAAUUAAACUGCUGAAAGUUUUUUUAUUGGGUGCCAUUAUCUAAUAUAUUUCUAUAAGACGAUCAUGCCUCCAAACCAAAGAGAAAUGUUUCAUCCAGAUCUCAGGGUUGGGACAGCUGAAACAUUUAUACACUGAGCACAUGAAGUUUAACAGUAUUUGGGCAAAUUCACGGCCUCAGAGUACAUAGUAAAGGGUUAAAUAAACAAAAAGGUUACCAUUAUGGCUGACCAGAAUGAAUGCCCAGUGAGACAGUAAACCCUGUAAAAUAAUUGAUAUAAAAUGAACAGCCCACGUGAAAAAAAUGGUUAGGAAUAAUUUAGUAUUUACUAUAGUUGUAGUACUAUAAUUGUAUUAUGCUGUGGAAUAUAGUAAUUACUUUCGUUAAUCUACAUUAGUGUUCUGUGGUAUUAACUAUAGUAAAUAAAAUAAAAAACAAACUACUGUACUAUACUUUAAUAUUUACUAUGGUAAUGUUCAAAAACACUAAAGUAUUUGGUACUUUUACAACAAUUUUUAUAGUAAAUACUAAAAUAUACAAUAGUUUUUUUAUGUGGGAUGCAUUCAUUAAUCGGGACACUUAUCAUAUUAAUGAUGACUUUAAACAAAGCUUUAAACUAUUUAUUUAUAAUAAAAGCAACACAAAAAUUUUACCAAUACCAAAUCAUCAUCAGUCCCCAUAUUAGAUAAUAACAUUUACUGUUAUAAGCACUCCUCAAAUUCAAUCAAAAAUGUGUUCAAUGAUCAAACAAACAAGUAACCAAUAAAAAGCUUUAGGAGCUCUUCUUAUGUGACUCUGUCUGUAAAAUCCAAGCUAAAUAAAGUUUUAUCAUCUAAUGAUGAGAUGAGAAGCAUCAAAGUUUGAUUUCACUCAGUGACUUACUCAGUCAAUAUUAAAGAGAUCAAGAUUAUAUUUUCACAGAAUGUUCUGUUAAUGUGUAAUACCUGAAAUUAAGUCCUGAAUCCAGUUCAUCUAUCUUAAAAAAAUUAAUCAGUUUUGAUCUAAAUUAAUUGAGGAUAUGCUACAGUAAAUUUUGUUUUUGUCUUUACCAAAGAAAGCUUUUGGUGCAAUCUAGACUUUAUCUGUAUUUUUUCAUUCCAGGAAACAUUUCCCUAUCAUAGAUAUAUAUGAUUCUAGAUAUAUUAAUAUUAAUAAUAUGAUAUACACUAAUUUAUUACAAUGUAAGCAGUGAUACAAUUAUUUUUCUUUUGUGUUUAAAUCCAGAAACAAGUAAUAAAUAAACUCUUUUUUCAUGGAUUGCUAUUAUUCAUAAGUUUGUAUAUUUUAUAUUGUGCAGGUAUACAGUACUCAUCUAUAAUGGGUUUACAAAGGAAAGCUAUCAAGUAGCUUUCAUGACAUUAUAUUUUUGUAGACAUUCUAGAAAGUUUUAUGAUAAAUAGAUAAGACACGAGUCAUUCAAAACUAGUGCUGACUUUACAGACAGUCAAAAAAGAAAAAGUUAAUUCAGCAACAAUUCAUUCAUUAAGAGUUAAUUUUUUUUCUUGUGUUUGUUAUUUUAAUUUAUUGUUGUAAUUGUUUGACUGUUUUUUGUUACGUCAAUAGAAAUAGACAUUCUAGCUGCCAUUCAAACUGUAUGAUUCAGUUGUGAACAUUUUUAAGAAUGCUAUUUUAUGUCCCCGAUGCUAUCAACAUUUUGGAUGUUAUGUAUGUUUUGUUUAAGUUUCAGUUUAAACAAACACUAGUAAGUAAAGAAAUAAAUAUGCAUUCUUUUAUGGGUACACUGUCAGAAAAAGUACAAAACUGUUGCUGGAGUCGUACAAAACUGUUGCUUUUUUGGGUGCAAAAUUGUACCUUAAGGACCUAUUGUGUUUAAAGGUAUUUUGUACCCCUAAAAUUAAACUGGUACACAAUAGGCCCUUAAGAUAUCAUAUUUUACCCCAAAAGGUACAACAUUUCAAUGUGUUGUAGUCAUUAAGUACACAAAUGAACCUUAGGGUACCAGGUACAGUUUUGUAUCUUUUUUGUGUCUUUUUUCUGACAGUGUUAUUUAUUGGAAGAAACACUGUGGAUUAUUUUCAUUCAUUUUAGCACAAUGGCGUUUAGACAAUGAAGACAACUGUCAGGUAAGACAAAAAUUAAUGGGUUGUUUAUGUGUUACCAUUGCUACAAAACAGGGAUGGUUUUCCAUUGUGUUGUCUCAGGAUGCACAACAGUAUUAUUUUUUGUAAGGUAAGGUUUGUUUGUAAAAACUACUAAAAUGUCUUAAUAUAAUUAAGGCCUUGUCCUGGAUCGAUCUAAACCCUGUCUGAGAAACCACUUCUUUUUAAAUCUCUUUGCAUUAAUUCAUGAUGCUCAGUUAUAAAGACACUUUCUGUUUGAUGUAAAACUAUAAACUCUAUGUUUACAGUCAA